AUGAGCUCGGAGGAACAAUUGCCUGCCACUGAGACCAAAGUGGAUGAAGAUGGUGUCACUUGGUGGUACAAAUGGAUGUGUAAGAUUGCUGGGGUUGUUGGUGGGAUCUGUUGUGCCUGUGCUGGACUCUGGAACUGUAUCACCUUCAACCCCAUGAACAUUGUGGCAGGAGUGUGGAUGAUGUUGAACGCCUUCAUCUUGUUCCUUUGUGAGGUCCCGUUCUGCUGUCAGUUUGUUGAGUUUGCCAACUCAAUCUCAGCUCGUGUUGAUAAGCUGAGGCCCUGGCAGAAGGGCACCUUCUACUGCGGAAUGGCACUUGUUCCUAUCCUGCUCCACCUGUCCUUCACCACAUUACUGGGAAAUGCAGUUGCCUUCGCGACAGGAGUGCUGUACGGCCUGUCAUCUCUGGGCAAGAAGGGCGGUGCAGUGAAUUUCAUUCCACUCCAGGAGCAGAAACAAGUGGAUGAGGAGAAGCUGGCAGAGACAGCAGAGGGAGCUGCACAGUGACUCCCACCCCCACACCACCUGUGCCUGUUUCCACAACUGAUGGCUACUAAAACCAGUAAAGGAUUAGUGCGAUUGCUGCUAAUCUGUUAUUUGGGUAA